AGUAAAUUUAUCAUCCUGACAUCUUUUUUUUUUUUUUUUUUAUCUAACUCUGUAAACAGAACUUGUUGAUUGUUUCAAACUCUAACAUGGGAUGCGAUGUCCUUCCCACGGUCUGUUUCAUCCAGGGUCAGAUCUCUGAGGGAUUCCGCCACUCCAGAGAACAGCCAUCCAAACAUUACACAGUUCAAAUUAAUGACACAUUCAUCUAAAUGAUGAGAUGGAUAGAUAGAUAGAUAGAUAGAUAGAUAGAUAGAUAGAUAGAUAAUCACAGAGGAGCGCGUGAAGAGAGGCGCGUGCUCUCUGGAGGGAGGCUGUCGCCCGCGCGCUUUUUUAAGAAUCGCGUGAAGAGCGCGCGCUACAGUGAUGUUUCCUCACGCGGACCCGCUUCACCUGUAGGCUGUCACGGGACUUCAGGACCGUAUUCUGUUUUGUCUGAGGUUUCACUCUGAUCCACAAUCUAUUGGAGGAGUUCAGUGCUGGAAACACAAGCGCCCAUCAUGAACAAUGAACAGUUCCCUUCUGUACCGAUCAAAGACAAGCAACAGAACAUCCUCCUGAAGUCUCUCAGUCCCGAGGAGAACACUCAAUGCCGGCAGGGUCUGUACUUCCAGGACGGCAGGAGGCGAGUGGACUACAUCCUCACCUACCACAUCAAGAAGAGCAGCAGCGCGUGGCGACACGCGUCCCGACUCAGAGACAACGCCUUCACGCGCACCUUGCGGCGGGGUCGCCACCCGCCUCCGCCCGCGCACCGAGACGACGCCGAGCUGGGCUCGCCUGACCACAGCGCGGACCACCACGACGACGACAAGGCUUUACGGCGGGAGGAGUUCGAGAGCAACCUGCUGGAGAUGGGCCUGGAGCUGGAGCGAGACGAGGAGACCAAGACUCCAGGAGUGGGCUUUGUGAAGAUUCAUGCUCCGUGGAACGUGCUCUGUCGCGAGGCUGAGUUCAUGAAACUGAAGAUGCCUACCAAAAAAGUGUAUGAAGUCAAACACAGCAGCGGCGUAAUGGAAAAGAUCAACGCGUUCAUCAGCAAGCUCACAGAUCCUCUUCAUCCCAACCUAGAAGAGAACCGGAUGCAGAACGUGAAGCACCUCUCAUACCCGUUCUCCAGAGAAAAGCAGCAUCUGUUUGAUUUGUCCGACAGAGAUUCCUUUUUCGACAGUAAAACAAGAAGUUCAUUAGUAUGUGAAGUUUUGAAGCGAACCAAGUGCACAAAAGCCAAAUUUAGCAUGGGAAUAACUAGCCUGCUUGGGAGCGGCGUUUAUCUGGCUGCCUAUCCACUACAUGAUGGUGAUGUUGAAGGGGAAAACGCUGAGCCAAAUGACAGGAAGCUGCUGUAUGAAGAGUGGGCCAGCUACAGUGUCUUCUAUAAGUACCAGCCCAUCGGCUUGAUCAGGAAGUACUUCGGAGAGAAGAUCGGCCUCUACUUCGCUUGGCUUGGGGUUUAUACCCAGAUGCUGAUCCCUGCUUCCUUAGUAGGCGUCAUUGUGUUCCUCUAUGGAUGUGUUACUGUUGAUGAUGACAUUCCCAGUAUGGAAAUCUGUGACCAGCGGAAGAAUAUCACCAUGUGUCCGCUGUGUGACCGCGUGUGCAGUUACUGGAACCUGAGCAUCGCGUGUGGGACGGCCCGCGCCAGCCAUCUGUUUGAUAACCCCACCACCGUCUUCUUCUCCAUCUUCAUGGCACUGUGGGCGGCGUUCUUCAUGGAGCACUGGAAGAGGAGACAGAUGCGUCUCAACUACGAGUGGGAUCUCACCGGCUUUGAGGACGAAGAGGAAGCACUGAAGGAUCACCCUCGAGCCGAAUAUGAAUUCAGAGUCAUGCAAAAAACACUGAAGAAAGACCACAAAUCACAGAAGCCAGAGAAAGAGAAGCUGACAUGUAGAGACAGAUUCCCUGCAUACAUGACAAACCUCAUCAUGAUGCUUUUAAUGAUCGGAGUGACGUUUGCUAUUGUGUUUGGUGUGAUUUUAUACCGGAUCUCCACCAAAGCUGCUCUCGCUAUGAGCUCGAACCCCAUGACCCGCUCCAACGUCAGGCUGACGGUUAAAACCACCGCUGCCAUCAUCAACCUGGUGGUCAUUCUCAUCCUGGAUGAAGUGUACGGGGCCGUGGCACGCUGGCUCACUGUCCUCGAGGUUCCUAAAACAGACAAGAGCUUUGAAGAAAGGUUGAUCUUCAAAACCUUCAUCCUGAAGUUCGUGAAUGCGUUCACUCCCAUCAUAUACAUCGCAUUUUUCAGAGGCAGACUCGGUGGGCGUCCAGGCAGUUAUCUCUACGUGUUCGAGUCCUAUCGCAUGGAGGAGUGCGCUCACGGCGGCUGUCUCAUGGAGCUCUGCAUCCAGCUCAGCAUCACAAUGCUGGGAAAACAGCUCAUCCAGAACAACCUGUUUGAGAUCGGCGUCCCUAAACUGAAGAAGCUGAUCAGAUACAUUAAAUCCAAGAGAGGCUCUUACCAGGAACAGGAAAAUGAGAAGAAGUUACAGCGUUAUGAGACGGAUUAUUUCCUGGAGCCCUUUGUUGGCCUCACGCCCGAGUACAUGGAGAUGAUAAUCCAGUUUGGCUUUGUGACUCUGUUUGUGGCAUCUUUCCCGCUGGCGCCUCUGUUUGCCCUCCUCAACAACAUCAUUGAAAUACGUCUGGAUGCCAAGAAGUUCGUGGCAGAACUAAGAAGACCAGAUGCAGCCAGAGGCAAAGACAUCGGAAUCUGGUAUAAUAUUCUCAGAGGAGUCGCAAAAGUGGCAGUUAUUGUCAAUGCAUUUGUGAUCUCCUUCACUUCAGACUUCAUUCCACGGCUGGUCUAUCAGUACAUGUACAGUCCAGACGGCUCGAUGCACGGCUUUGUCAACCACACGCUGUCUUACUUCAAUGUCAGUCACUUCCAGAACGGCACCGCCCCAUUGGAGCCGUUCCACCUGGGCUUCCACGUGGACAUCUGCAGGUAUAAAGACUACAGAGAGCCUCCAUGGUCUUCGACACCGUACGAGAUCUCUAAGGAGUUCUGGGCUGUGUUGGCAGCCAGACUAGCAUUUGUCAUUGUCUUUCAGAAUGUGGUGAUGUUGAUGAGUGAUGUUGUGGACUGGAUCAUCCCAGAUAUUCCCAAAGACAUCAGCUUGCAGAUCCAUAAGGAGAAGAUCCUCAUGAUGGAUCUGUUCAUGAAGGAGGAGAAGGGAAAGACACGGACCGAGGACAGCGUGACGAGUAAGGAGACGCGUCACAGUCCUUUAAUGCGCUCCCGCUCCAUAUCGCACACGCCCUGCAAAAACUACUGACGUCAGCAGCCUCAGAGUCUCUAUCCUUACAUUCCACUGACGAAGACGUGCCGUUAGGUCUAAAGUAGCCAGUGCUCACUGCCUUUGCCUUCAUAUUGUACAGUUCUUCACGCUGAUUUGUGUGCUCAACGCUUCUUUUUAUCAUAUUCAUUUUCCUUUCUUUCAAUGAAUGUGCCACAGCAGCCAUGAACUUCACUAAUGACAACAAACCAGCUAACGAAAUUUGUUCUAAGAACGUUCCCAUUAAGUUAGGAAAACGUUAUUUCGGAAUGUUCUCUCAACAUUCAAAAUGUCCAUUUUAUCAUUCUGCAAACAUUAUGGGAACGUUACUUUUGAAUGUUUAAAAAACGUUAGACGAACGUCCAACUAAGACGUUUCCAUGAACGAUGUAUAAAUAAAUAAAAUGUUUUGUGCUAACAUUUUGAGAACAUUAUUAAAGAGCAGAUAACUAACAUUCUAUUAAUGUUACUGGAAGAACGUUUGUUCAUAACUUUGAAAGAACCUUGCCAGAAUGUUAAAGUUCUGAGAACGUUCCCUGUUGGCUGGGAAAGUGCUAAAGCCCGAAACAUACUCUACGCAAGUAUGAAAAAACAUUGUAACUCUAUCACCCAUUUGAGUCCUGAGGUUUUUUUGUUACCAUAGAUUGAUACCAAGAUCAAAUGUUAAAGUAUGUAUGGUACGAAACUGCACGCUUGCAACGCAUUGGGCCAAGCAUUCACUUUUACAUACUUGUGUAUGUUUCUAGCCUAUGAAUAAUUAUUCCUAAACAAAUUACAUAUGUAAAUGUCUUAACCAUCACAUUAAAACAAAUUGAACUGUUUUUAUACAUUGAUAAAAUGCUCAGGCAUUAAAAACCUCAAUCGAAUUAACAAUUUAAAAAGGGCUGCUAGAUAUUUUGAUUGAAAUGUGAUAUUUAAUUUUGUUAAUUUCAACCCUCAAGGUUCUGGUUGUUUUGUUUGCAGUUUCAUGUGAUUGAAAAUAUCUCCAAUCCUAAUUUAAUGACAAAGCCUAAAUAUGGGAGAAAUCGUAAGGAUUUAUAGAAACUUUAUUAAUUUAAUGAACAUUUCAAUUAUUAGAACAAAUUGACAUCAAAACAUAAUCAGAGGUCACAAUACAAUUAGAUCCUAGUCUGAUCCUUAUGGAUAUUAAUUUAAAAUAUUUAUAUUCAUUUUUGGACCGUCCAAGCUUCUUUUAAGUGGACGGCCUUUAGUGAUUCUUCUGUAUGUGAGGCUCCCUUACCGAAGAUACCAUCAUCGUGAUGAUCCUUUAAUUCUUCUAAUCUAAUGUACCUCUGUAUUUCAUGUUUUCACAUUCGUUGUAUGAUGGUAUUUUUCUGAUGCCUGUACAUUUGACGCUUUUCAUAUUUAAUGGUGCUUGAUAGCGUAUUCAUUAUCUGUACAUUGAGCAAGCAUUAACUUUGUGGAACAUUAUUCACAUUGUGUUCAUAGAGUGUAACAGACUUGAAAACCAUAAAUUCCAUGAUAGGUCCAGUAAUGUUUUAGCUUUUAUACACAAUCAUUUAGAAAGUCACAUAGACUGUUAGAUUUCUAACUCAUCUAUAAACUGUCCUGAGGUUUCUGGGUUUGAUCAACAUUUACUUUUUGCACCAAAUGGAUUGUACAGUAAAAGCGAACACAGCUCAACCUCAUGAAGAACCACAUAAAGACACAAACUAACCUUCAUGCUCCAAAGAUAAACCAUUUCUGUGCUGUUAUAUUUUUAUGGUCUUAAAUAUAAAGCAGAACAGUCAUAUUGUUUUUUAAGUAUGAUGUUUAGUAUUUACUGCCUUAAAUGUCUACUAAAUUAACGCAUAUAAAUUAUAUCUCGUUUGCUUGCCUUAAAGGGAUAGUUCACCCAAAAAUGAAACUUCUGUCAUCAUUUACUCCCCCUCAGGUUGUCCCAAACCUGUAUGAAUUUCUUUGUUCUGUUGAACAUAAAGGAAGAUAUUUUGAAAAAUGUGGGAAACGGAACAAUUCUGGGGCACCAUUGACUUCCAUAGUAUUUUUUUUUUUUCCUACUAUGGAAGUCAGUGGUGCCCCAAAGUGGCCUGGUUGCAAACUUCCUUCAAAAUAUCUUCCUUUGUGUUCAGCAGAACAAAGAAAUUCAUACAGGUUUGGGACAACCUGAGGGGGAGUAAAUGAUGACAGAAGUUUCAUUUUUAGGGUGAACUAUCCCUUUAAACCAGAAACACAAUGUUCUUUAGUGAUUUGUGUAGCUGUGUACUGUAAUGUUUGACUAAAAAGAAAUAAAUUCUACUUCAGUUGUCAAA